AUGGCGAGCGACGGUAGCUCUUCUCCCAAAAAUCCUAAAAAGGCGAUCCUGAUGGAUCCAAAUUCCAUUAAGCAUAUUCUCGAUGAAUCCGUUACUGAGAUCCAAAGUCCAUUAAGGCAUGAGGAUGAGCAAUAUCAAAUUCUUGUGUGGGGUAGCGUCUUGCGGAAUCUCCCACAACUAUAUCCUGGUAGCCAACUCCUAGAGAGGCUCAUCUCCAAAAUUCGGAAGCAUUUGGACUCCUUAUUGCUCAGUUUUGCGCACGCGGGUUUCGACAUGAAAGAUGUUUUUCUUCAUAUUCGAAUGCUCGAGCAGGCAAUGGUGGAUGACCACCUUGUGAUUUUUAUUCAAGAAAUGUCUGAUGGCGAAGUUCAAGGAUCUAUUUUCAAGACCACAUUUGCCUGUACCUCUUCUAUUUCAUUUCUAGCCAUGUUGGGGGCACUUGAUAGUGUGGCCAUUUGUUGUAAGAACCAAAUCUUUAAGAAAAAGGGUUUCUCUCUUGGGAUUGUUUUUUUUCUGGUUCAUUCCGGGCAAGAGAAAUCCUUCAAGACCCGGGUCAAGACUUCCCUAAAAUCUGUUUUGAAGAAGCCUAAACCUAUCACUAUGAAGCUCCCAUUUGGUCUCUGUGGUUGCCAAGAGGAGAACACUAAGGGUCGAGAAAUUGAAGAGAUUGACAUUGACAAGUACAGACAUAGUCAAGGAAAUGGCAUCGAGAACUCAAAUCAUAAAGUUCAGCUUCAGAGUCCCCUACUGGUUAUAUCCUUCAUUAUCUCUAUUGAUGAGUGGCGUAGAAAAUCCUGUCCAGCGAAGAAGCUUAGAGAGUGCGAGAAAGGAAGUGCUUAUGAGUUUGAGAUUAGAAGAGAUCUUUUGGAGCUGAUUAGCUAUGGUCACAAGGAUAUUUUAUAG